AUGCUCUACAUCCGAGUCCUCCUCGCGGUGCUCCCAUCGGCAUUGGGUUGGGCCACCGGGCCCCAGCCCGGCCAGAUCAAGAACCUCGUCACGUUCGGCGACUCCUACACCGACGUCGGCAACCCCGCGGACGGCGGCGCCGCCUGGCCCGCCUACGCCGCGUCCUACGCGCCCUUCGCGCUGUACCCGUACGCAAAGUCCGGCGCGACGUGCUCGAACAACCUCACGGACCGCCCGCCGCCGUCCGUCUUCGAGGGGCAGAUCCCCGCCUUCCUCGCGGAGGUCGCGAACGGGACGGCCAAGCUCAACAUGGAGGAGACGGUGUUCACGCUGUGGAUCGGGACGAAUGAUGUCGGCGUGCAUGAGUUGCUGACGAACCAGCAGACGCCGGGCGUGACGUUGGUGAACACGACGCGGUGUGCGGUGAAUUGGGUUAGCGCGAUGUACGGGUACGGGGCGAGGAACUUUGUCUUUCAGAAUAUGCUCCCUCUGCAACUAACAGUCCUGUACUCCAACUAUUCGUAUCCGAACCGGUACUGGACGCUGCAGCGGAACACAACCGAAUGGAACGUCUUCAUGACGGAAAUCACCAACACCGGCAACGCGCUCUCGCGGCUCAUGCUCGAGGCGCUCGCCCCCGCCCUUCCGGGCGCUCACAUAGGGAUAUUCGACUCCUACGCGCUCUUCCACGACAUGUACACGCACCCGUCCGCCUACCUGAACGGCACGGCGCCGCUGAACGUGACGGGCUGCGUCAACUCGUGCGUGUUCCCGCCCAAUGGGAACGUGAGCGACGCGAGCAGCGCGAGCUGUACCGUCGCCGAGGGGAGUGAUCGGGAUAGUUUCUUGUGGUACGACGAGCUGCACCCGUCGGAGCAGAGCGAUAGGGUCGUCGCGAGGGAGAUUACGGCGGCGAUUCAGAGGACGUCGGAGGACUGGAUUACGUGGCUGAGUUGAGGGAAUACCAAGCUUCCUCUGUGCGCUUUCCCCAGUCGAAGGCGUGGAGCUCUGAAUAUACACCUGUGCUCACGUUCGCAUCGGGACCGCAUCUUGGUCUGCGGUUUGCUCUGCUGG